AUGUUGAUAACUGUGAGGCAAAUUUCUUCUUCUCUUUGCUCCACCACAUCUCUAACACACAGCUCCGUGUCGAAUAAGCAUUCUUUUUGUGCCAAGCCCAGCAAAUAUGCCCUCCACAAAAAUUGCAAGAAACCCAUUUGCAGGGCCACUUUCACCGUCUCCCCAAAGAGCACAAAGCGCAGCCACAAAGAGAGUCAUGAGAGUUCUGUAUUUGAUCCACUGGGUAUCUGUCCUGAUGGAUUAUCGAAUUUAACAACUGCAUGGGAAAGUGCUCUCGAAUACUUUUCGCCAACACUUAGGAGUUCCUCAGGCACCAGAAAAGAGAAAUCUUCUUCCUCGCGAGGAGUGGCAGCUGCCAUUGAAGAUACCAGCAUCGAUAUCGGGGAUUUCUUCAAAGGCCCACUGCCCGGAAAAUUUCUCAAGCUUUUGGGCUUUUUGGCCUUGUCACGACUCGGAAUAUACGUACCCCUAGGUGGUGUGAAUCGGGAGGCUUUUGUUGGUAAUCUUGAUCAAAACAGCCUGUUGGGAACUCUGGAUUCGUUUUCUGGUGGUGGUAUUGGUCGGCUUGGAAUAGGGUCUCUUGGUAUUGUGCCAUUUAUCAAUGCACAGAUAGUUUUUCAGCUUCUGACUCAAAUAUACCCAAAGCUGCAAGAACUGCAAAAAAGAGAAGGCGAGGCUGGAAGAAAGAAAGUCCUGCAGUAUACUCGUUAUGCUUCGGUUGGAUUUGCUGUAGUGCAGGCAAUUGGUCAAGUAUUCUACCUUCGUCCUUAUGUCAACGAUUUCAGUACUCAGUGGGUUCUCUCUUCUGUUAUUAUGCUGACUCUUGGCUCGGUUUUCACUACUUACAUUGGGGAAAAAAUUACUGACUUGAAACUUGGAAAUGGAACAUCCCUUUUGAUCUUCACGAAUAUCAUCUCAUACUUGCCUGCAUCCUUUGGAAGGACAGUUGCACAGGCAUUUCAAGACGGUAACUAUAUUGGGCUUGCCGGCAUAAUUGUUUCCUUUUUUCUGCUGGUCCUUAGCAUCGUCUAUGUUCAGGAAGCAGAGAGGAAAAUCCCACUUAAUUAUGCAUCAAGAUACACUAGUGGAGCUGGUGGGCUUUCGAAAUCUGCAUACUUGCCCUUUAAGGUAAAUAGUUCUGGAGUGAUGCCAAUCAUCUUCUCCACUUCAUCUUUGGCUCUUCCAGGAACUCUUGCACGAUUUACCGGUAUUAGUUUUCUGAAGAAAGCUGCUGUUGGUCUAAAUCCUGGC